AUGUUGGACGCUGGACGAACGGGGUUCAUAUGGUGCGACGGCAUGAAAACGAGGCUGGUCAAGUCGAGGGCUUGUGAGGCCAACCGAGACUUGGAAACUACGUUAAUGGAAGUCAAGUACGAGGUGGCGACUGAACUGGCUAAAAUCUUGUCGAAAAGUAUCGACCCUGCGUUUGCCGGUAGUGAAGGUGUGAAAAUAGUAGAGGAAGAUGGCGGAGCUUGUGGGAUUUGUCUUGAAGAUAUGGAGAAAGGAGAGGAAGUCAGAGCUCUAGCAGCGUGCGGCCAUAAGUUCCGUUAUUGUUGCAUUUCCAUGUGGGUUAAGAGGAAACAGGAUUGCCCUUUGUGUAGAUCUCCAUGA